AUGUCAAAUAUUGUUCGUAAACUUUUUACAAUGAUACUUGUUUCUUGUGAGCCAGGGGACGUUAGAAAGUUAUGGAACAACAAUUUUAAGGCAAUGUUUGAAGACAUCAAGAGAACAAGUGGGACAGUUGAAUAUCACACAUUACAAACAUUGAGAGGUGUCAAUUCAUUCUUACAAAGCAUGGGAAGAAGCAUUCAGGAGUACGAGUUGCCACAGAUUGAUAGUCAUCUUGAUAUAUCAAAUGGAAAUCAACCAAGAGAAAUUGAAGAUGAAUAUUCGAUAAAUAUGACAUUAGAAGAAUAUGAGGCGGCAAAUAAGCUCAAUGUUGAUAAAAAAUGCACAUAUGAUAUAAUCCUACAACAUGUUGAAUCCAAAAAUAGUGGAAUUUUUUUCAUUGAUGAUCCUGGAGGUAUAGGGAAGACAUUUCUAUACCGUGCAAUAUUAGCAAUAGUAAGAUCCAAAUCUGAAAUUGCACUUGCAAUAGCUACUUCAAGAGUAGCAGUUGCAAUAAUUCCAGGUGGUAGAACAACGUAUUCAAGAUUUGAAAUUCCAAUAAAUAUUGACAAUUCAACUGUAUGCGGUUUCUCAAAACAAAGUGCUACAGCUGAGUUAAUCCAUAGAGCAAAAGUCAUAAUAUGGGAUGAAGCACCAAUGGCUAAAAUACAAGCAAUUGAAGUUGUUGUAGGUCAUUACAAGAUAUUACAAAAGCAAUAG